UCGCGCGCGGUGGCGAUUGUGCGUGGAUCGCGGACUGCAGACAGCGGUGCCGGCGGCUCUCCUGCUCUAAACCUCUCCUAUUCACCCCCUUCUCCCUCCCCCCCUCUCCUUUACCCCUUGCCCUUCCCCCCCUUUUACCUCUCCUUAAGCCUCCCUUGAUUCCACCGUCCUCUCUCUCCCCCCCCCCCCCCCCAUCCCAUCCCCAUCCCAUUCCCGAAGGGAAGCGGACUAUUGUUCCUAUCGAUCUACUGAUUUAUCUCCUUUUCUUCCAUCAACCGGGGAGGACGCUUGUUCCUCUAUUUGCCCCCAACCUUCUUUGUCAGGGUCCGCCGUCCCUGUUGUUGGCACUGAUCUGCUCCAUCCUGGACUCCCGGAACUGGGCUCAAAAUUAGCGGUUGCCCGGGUGCCAAUGACCACCCAAAGUGCCACCGGGCAACCUAAAGGGCGUGUCAUUUUGCCCAGUUUGGCACUGCAGAUACUGGUUGAUACCGAAGAUAGACACAAAAAACUGGAGUAACUCAGCGGGUCAGGCAGCAUCUCUGGAGAAAAGGAACGUGAUGAUUCAUGUCAGCGACGGCUGUGCGGGGCAAAGAUACUAGGAAGCUCCGCAAUGACAGUUACGGAGUCAUUUUACUUCCAAAAAAAUCAGCCCAAAUCAAACAAUCUGACGAAUCAUCGGCCAUCGAUAGCUCAUAUCCAUAAGGUUUAGUUGAUUCUCAAUACUGCCAGAAAUUGACCAUUUCCUCGAUAACCUUAAGCAGGUGCAUCACGUGUUUACACCUUUCCCAAGAAAUCCCGAAAUUGUAAUACUGCCAUCACAAUGGAGCCAAAGGUCAACGAGGGCGGUCUGAAUGUUACUCUUACCAUCCGACUGCUCAUGCAUGGAAAGGAAGUUGGAAGCAUCAUUGGAAAGAAAGGUGAGACUGUGAAAAAGAUGCGUGAAGAGAGUGGUGCACGCAUUAACAUUUCUGAAGGAAAUUGUCCUGAGAGAAUUGUAACUAUCACAGGCCCAACUGAUGCAAUAUUCAAGGCAUUUGCAAUGAUUGCCUUUAAAUUUGAGGAGGACAUUGAUAAUUCAAUGACCAACAGUACAGCCACCAGUAAACCACCCGUGACCUUGCGGCUCGUUGUACCAGCCAGCCAGUGUGGAUCUCUGAUUGGAAAAGGAGGCUCCAAAAUCAAAGAAAUUCGUGAGUCGACAGGGGCUCAAGUCCAAGUGGCAGGGGAUAUGCUGCCUAAUUCCACUGAGCGAGCUGUUACAAUCUCCGGGAUGCCUGAUGCAAUCAUCCAAUGUGUGAAGCAAAUAUGUGUGGUGAUGCUGGAGGUAGAGUAUAAGUCCCCACCGAAAGGUGCCACCAUUCCCUACCGCCCAAAGCCCGCCUCUGCCCCCGUCAUUUUUGCAGGUGGCCAGGUAAGAGCAGAUCCCCUCUCGGCCUCCGCAGCCAACCUCAGCCUCUUACUGCAGCACCAGCCACUGCCUGCCUAUACAAUUCAGGGACAGUAUGCCAUUCCACACCCAGAUGAUGCUUGCCUCUUGUCGGCUGACUAUAAAUCGGCGUUGGCAUCAACAUUGUGGAGAGGUCCGCAGCUUGCUCACCCAUCCUCCCAGCUGAAGGAAUCUGCAUGGAGACCAGAGUCCUUGAGAGAAAAAAUGGAAUUAAAAAACUGUAAUGAAGAUUCAGGAAGCUGGGGUAUGGAUGCCAAUUCCCCAGCCAGUACUCAUGAACUCGCCAUUCCCAAUGAUCUGAUAGGAUGUAUAAUCGGCAGACAAGGCAGCAAAAUCAAUGAGAUCAGACAGAUGUCUGGGGCGCAGAUUAAAAUAGCUAAUGCAGCAGAAGGCUCAACGGAACGUCAGAUAACAAUUACCGGAUCCCCUGCCAACAUAAGCCUUGCACAGUACCUCAUUAAUGCAAGGUUAACAUCUGAAGUUUCCGGAAUGGGCCCUCUUUAAUUGUUUACGCAGCUUCCUCUGCUAACCAUGUCAUGUUGCCCACCUGCGAAAACCACAAGCAACCUGCUUCCACUCUGUUUGUAAAAUUUGUAUAUUACAGUUCUGCCUCAUAGAAAAUAGUUAGAACGUUAAAUUUUAAGGAAUUAUUCUGGAGUUCUUUUCCAAAUUAAGUCCUCCUAACUAAACUCAACUUCCCCAUUGCUUCAUGUUUUAACGUAUGUUUUUUGUUUCAACAUUAACUUAAAUUAACAAUUGCUUGCAAAAAUGUAUUUGCAGACUCUUCUGUAUACCUUUUAGUUUAGUAAUUACUGGUAACGAUUGCAACCUUUUUAUGAAAAAAAAACGUGAUGUAAUCAAAUUAUUUAAUUCUAUCUGGAGGUAAUAAAGGAAGGUACAUGACCAGAUAUGUGAUGAAAUUCAAA